GCGUUUCCAGGAGGGUGGCGGCGCCCGGCGGGAGGCGGCCUCUGCGCUCAGUAAUGGCAGCGCGGUGAGCGGGGACGCGAGCUGACAGCCGCCGCCGCCGCCGCCCACCUUCCUCGCCGGGGCUCGUCCUUCAUUCCUUCGGGUGUCUCCCCUCCCCUUGCCCCUGCCCCUUGUCCUGCUUCUGCGGAAGAUUUCAACACUAAACUUGCACAAUGUCUUUGAAACCAAGAGUAGUAGAUUUCGAUGAAACGUGGAACAAACUCCUAACUACAAUCAAAGCAGUCGUCAUGUUGGAAUAUGUUGAGAGAACGACAUGGAAUGAUCGUUUUUCAGAUAUCUAUGCUUUAUGUGUGGCCUAUCCUGAACCGCUUGGAGAAAGACUUUACGCAGAAACGAAGAGUUUUUUGGAAAAUCACGUUCGGCAUUUGCACAAGAGAGUUCUAGAGUCUGAAGAACAAGUACUUGUUAUGUAUCAUAGGUAUUGGGAAGAAUAUAGCAAGGGUGCAGAUUAUAUGGACUGCUUAUAUAGGUAUCUCAACACUCAGUAUAUUAAAAAGAAUAAGUUGACUGAAGCUGAUCUUCAGUAUGGCUAUGGUGGGGUAGAUAUGAAUGAACCACUCAUGGAAAUAGGAGAGCUAGCUUUGGAUAUGUGGAGGAAAUUGAUGGUUGAGCCACUGCAGACCAUCCUUAUCCGAAUGCUGCUCCGAGAGGUCAAAAAUGAUCGUGGUGGAGAAGACCCAAACCAGAAAGUAAUCCAUGGGGUUAUUAACUCCUUUGUUCAUGUUGAACAGUAUAAGAAAAAAUUUCCUUUAAAGUUUUAUCAAGAAAUCUUUGAGUCUCCCUUUCUGGAUGAAACAGGAGAGUAUUACAAACAAGAAGCUUCAAAUUUAUUACAAGAAUCAAAUUGCUCACAGUAUAUGGAAAAGGUUUUAGGUAGAUUAAAAGACGAAGAAAUUCGAUGUCGAAAAUACUUAAAUCCAAGUUCAUAUACUAAAGUAAUUCAUGAAUGUCAGCAACGCAUGGUAGCAGACCACUUACAGUUCUUACACGCAGAAUGUCAUAAUAUUAUUCGACAAGAGAAAAAAAAUGACAUGGCGAAUAUGUAUGUUUUACUCCGAGCUGUGUCAACUGGGUUACCUCACAUGAUUCAGGAGUUGCAAAAUCAUAUCCAUGAUGAGGGCCUUAGAGCAACCAGUAAUCUUACUCAGGAAAAUAUGCCAACACUAUUUGUAGAGUCAGUUUUGGAAGUACAUUGCAAAUUUGUUCAGCUUAUCAACUCUGUUUUAAAUGGAGAUCAGCACUUUAUGAGUGCAUUGGAUAAGGCCCUCACAUCAGUAGUAAAUUACAGAGAGCCCAAGUCUGUUUGCAAAGCACCUGAACUGCUUGCUAAGUACUGUGACAACCUAUUGAAAAAGUCAGCAAAAGGGAUGACCGAGAAUGAAGUAGAAGACAAAUUAACGAGCUUUAUUACUGUUUUCAAGUACAUUGAUGAUAAGGAUGUUUUUCAAAAGUUCUAUGCAAGAAUGUUGGCAAAACGCUUAAUUCAUGGAUUAUCUAUGUCUAUGGAUUCUGAAGAAGCUAUGAUCAAUAAACUAAAGCAAGCCUGUGGUUAUGAGUUUACUAGCAAGUUACAUCGGAUGUAUACAGAUAUGAGUGUCAGUGCCGAUCUCAACAAUAAGUUCAACAAUUUUAUCAGAAACCAAGACACAGUAAUAGAUUUGGGAAUUAGUUUUCAAAUAUAUGUUCUACAGGCUGGUGCAUGGCCUCUCACUCAGGCCCCUUCAUCGACGUUCGCAAUUCCCCAGGAAUUAGAAAAAAGUGUACAGAUGUUUGAAUUAUUUUAUAGCCAGCAUUUUAGUGGACGGAAACUGACAUGGUUACAUUAUCUUUGUACGGGUGAAGUUAAAAUGAACUAUCUGGGCAAACCAUAUGUAGCCAUGGUCACGACGUACCAAAUGGCAGUUCUUCUUGCCUUUAACAACAGUGAAACAGUCAGCUAUAAAGAGCUUCAAGACAGCACUCAGAUGAAUGAAAAAGAACUGACCAAAACAAUUAAAUCAUUGCUGGAUGUGAAAAUGAUUAACCAUGAUACAGAAAAGGAAGAUUUUGAUGCAGAAUCUUCUUUUUCAUUAAAUAUGAACUUCAGCAGUAAAAGAACAAAAUUUAAAAUUACUACAUCAAUGCAAAAAGAUACACCACAAGAAAUGGAGCAGACUAGAAGCGCUGUAGAUGAGGACCGGAAAAUGUAUCUCCAAGCUGCUAUAGUUCGCAUCAUGAAAGCGCGAAAAUUGCUUCGGCACAAUGCCCUUAUUCAAGAGGUGAUCAGCCAGUCAAGAGCCAGGUUUAAUCCCAGCAUCAGCAUGAUUAAGAAGUGCAUCGAGGUCCUGAUAGACAAACAGUACAUUGAACGUAGCCAGGCAUCUGCAGAUGAGUACAGCUACGUCGCGUGACGUCACCGCUCCAGUGUGGGUGCAGAUCGUUGCCGUCCUGGCUGGUGCGCUCCUGGGAGAAGAAGCAGGCCUGUGCCUCCAUAAUUUGGUCAUUUGGCAGCCCCUGUUUUUCUGCUGUUUACAAUGUCACCAGUGCCACGUCAUGAGCGUCAGAGAAAAUGCCUACAGAUAUUUCAAGCUCAUGUCAUGACAUUUCUUAAACUUUAUCAGAGUGAGUGAAGUGUUGCUGGAAUCUGGAAAUCGGUUGAGUACCAUGCUUUUCUCCCUUCACGUUUGCAGUUGAUGUGUUUUUUUUUAAUGUAUCUUAAAGGACAUAAAAACUUAAAUAUUGUAAUAUGACAGAUAACCUAAUAAUUGUAUCUACAUCGAAAUGACAAACAUGAUAUUGCUGCUUGUCAAAUAAAAAAAUAAAGAAAUA